AAGAUUUGAUUUUGAGAGAGAGACGACAGAAGAUAUAAUUGAUACAGACAGACAGAUCGACAUUACGUUCACAAUGUGCAUAAAAGUCAGGCCAUCAGAUACAGAGUAAAACCUCUGUUUGAAGAGAGAACAAUUGUCAAGAGAAGCUAUGGCUAUAAAUGGUGUUGCUGCUGCGUGGACGACGACGGAGAGUAUAAGUACUUUCGAGCUUUCCAUGUCUGAUUCUGAAGAGGUUCAUGUUUUGGCAGUCGAUGACAGCCUUGUCGAUCGAAAAGUCAUUGAACGGUUGCUCAAGAUUACUUCUUGUAAAGUGACUGCAGUGGAUAGUGGAAUCAGAGCACUUCAGUUUCUGGGUAUAGACCAGGAGGAGAACUGCUCUGUUGGGUUUGAUAGUUUGAAGGUGGAUCUGAUUAUCACGGACUACUGUAUGCCUGGAAUGACAGGAUACGAAUUGCUCAAGAAAAUCAAGGAAUCGUCUGCCUUAAGAGAGAUUCCGGUGGUAAUCAUGUCGUCGGAGAACGUAGUGACUCGAAUCGACAGAUGCUUGGAGGAAGGAGCAGAGGACUUUAUCGUGAAGCCGGUGAAAUUGUCCGAUGUGAAACGCUUGAAAGAUUAUAUGACCAGGGAAGGGAACCAAGAGAGACGGAUCAAAAAUAACAAAAGGAAAGUUCCAGAGACUUGUGAUCUCUGUUCAUCGCCACCGUCCAUCUCAUCAUCGUCUUCACAAUUAUCGCCGUCGCCGUCAUUCUCCACUCCCAGCUCUCCGCCACUUUCGCCGUCGGAUUCACCGUCUAUACAGUCACCAUCAGCUCCUUGUUCUCCAUCAUUGUUAGAAUCUCCGACCGGGCGGCUUAAAAUGUCCAUCUCGGAUUAGAUCCUGACCGUCUAUUAUAUGUACUUUUGCCUCACGAUGCAAAUAUUCGCAAUUUCCCGUUAUUUGUAACGGUUUUUGUCGUAACACCGUUUUUUGUUGUUUUGUGGUGGGGUUAUUUAUUUAAUAUGUGAUAGAUAAUGAAUUAACGAGUUUUUGAGACUGACUUUACUAA